AUGAGUCUAAUUGCUUGGAAUUGCCAUGGGCUUGGGAACCCAUGGACUAUCCAAUUCAUAAAGGAUAUUGUUAUCCAAAAGAAGCCCAUUGUGUUGUUUCUUUGUGAGACGUUGGCUAAGAAGGAGGCGAUUGAGAAGCUUCGACUGUCUAUUGGGUUCGAAGGUGCAUUCAGUGUGGAUGCUCAAGGUAAGAGUGGAGGGGUGGCUUUACUUUGGCGUGAUGCUGAGGAGGUUCAACUGUUACAAUUUGGUUCUAACUACAUUGAUGUUUCUGUCCAAAACCGUGACCAUGGGGAGUGGAGAUUGACUGGAUUAUAUGGCGAACCUAAUCGAAGCUUGAGGAAGCGUACUUGGGAUUUAAUUCAGACUUUGAAGAGGGACAAUAACUUGCCGUGGUGUAUAGUGGGUGAUAUGAACAACGUAACUUCUCAGCAAGAUAAACAUGGAGGUAAUCUUUAUCCGAAUUGGUUGAUUGAGGGUUUUUGUGAUACUUUGGAUGAGUGUGGGUUGUAUGAUAUGGAGUUGAAUGGUUAUCCUUAUACAUGGGAACGUGGUAGAGGGACGGAUUCUUGGGUGGAAGCUAGACUUGACAGAGCCGUUGUUUCUCAAGGUUGGAUUAGUAAAUUUCCCUUGGCUAAGUUAUAUAACCUUGAAGUGUCUACUUCAGAUCACUGCCCAUUACAUCUAGUUCCAGUUUCUGAGCCAAUACACCAUUUGUUUCAUGAUUCUGCUAAUGAUUUUUCUCCGGUCAUUAAUUGUGUUCCUCAUUUGGUCACUGAAGACCAAAAUGCUUUGUUACUAGAGGAAGUUACUCAUGUGGAAAUCAAGAAAGCUUUGUUUCAAAUGCAUCCGGAUAAGGCUCCCGGUCCCGAUGGAAUGACGCCAAGCUUCUAUCAAAAAUUUUGGCAUUUGGUAGGUGAUGAUGUGGUGCGGCUGGUUCAAGGUUUCUUUGCUACGGGUGAGUUUCCUUCUACUUUGAAUGAAACUAAUAUUGUUCUUAUUCCAAAAAAGAAAAUUCCUGAGCAAAUGGGUGAUCUUCGGCCUAUAUCACUUUGUAAUGUCCUCUACAAGGUUGUUUCUAAAGUGAUUGCUAAUAGGAUGAAGUCUGUCUUGCCAUCAGUUAUCUCUACUAAUCAAAGUGCGUUUUUGCCGGGUCGUUUAAUUUCCGAUAAUAUCAUGAUCUCUUAUGAGGUUAUGCAUUACAUGAAACGGAAAAGGAUGGGGAAGGAUGGUUUUAUGGCGGUUAAGCUUGAUAUGAGUAAAGCUUAUGAUAGGGUUGGUUGGGCUUUUCUUGAGGCUAUGUUGGUACAAAUGGGUUUCAACUCGAGAUUCGUUGCUCUCAUAAUGUAUUGUGUGUCGACUGUGCGUUACAAUGUUACUUAUGGUGGGAAGACUAUGGGUCCGAUUGUACCAGGCCGUGGGAUACGUCAAGGGGAUCCCAUAUCUCCGUACUUAUUUCUGGUGUGUGCUGAAGGCCUUUCUUCGUUGUUAAAUCUUUUUGAGCAACGUAGAUGGUUGACCGGUUGUAAAGUGGCUAGGAGCGCUCCUCGAGUUUCACAUAUGCUAUUUGCUGAUGAUAGCUAUGUGUACUGUAAAGCAAAUGUGAGUGAAGCCACACAUGUGAUGCACCUCCUUCAAAUAUAUGAGCAAGCGUCGGGCCAACAGCUCAUGGGAAUGGUUGAGGCUGGGGAUGAUAGCUUCUACCUUGGAUUACCAUGUAUUCUGGGCCGAAACAAGAAAGCUAUUCUUGGUUUUUUACAAGAGAAGAUGAAGAAGAAGAUAUUCACUUGGGAGAGUCGGUUUCUAUCGAAAGCAGGCAAGGAAGUAUUACUGAAAUCUGUUGCUCAGGCAUUGCCUUGUUACGCCAUGAGUGUGUUCUUGUUAACAAAGGAGAUUUGUUCUAACCUUGAAGGGUUGAUGGCCAAGUUUUGGUGGAAGUCCCAGUCACAAGCGGGGACUAAAGGAGUGAACUGGAUGAGUUGGAAAAGGUUGAGUAGACAUAAGAAUGAUGGUGGUAUGGGCUUUAGAGAUCUUCAGGAUUACAAUCUUGCUUUCCUUGGUAAACAAGGGUGGCGGCUUUUGACUAAUGAAGACUCCUUAGUAAGCAAGAUAUAUAAAGCUCGCUUUAUUUGGAAGAGCAUUUUGGAAGCACAAGGCUUGGUUCAAGCUGGUGCAAGGAAGUCGAUUGGCAAUGGUUCUACUGUAAGCAUCCUCCUAGACCCUUGGCUUCCCGAUCCAUCUAAUCCCUAUGUUGUGUCUGAUCAUCCAGGAUUGUUAAAUCACAAUGUCUCAAGCUUGUUCUCUGCAUAUUCUAAAAGCUGGGAUAUUGAUGUUCUUACUGAUCUGUUUACCGAGAGGGAUAAGAACUUAAUUUUGUCCAUCCAGUUGAGCGAGCAUGCCAUUACUGAUAAGUGGCAUUGGAGUGAAGAAAAUAGUGGUUUUUACACCGUGAAAAGUGCAUACUGGUUGUUGCAGCAGGCUACUCGUGCUGCUAUUGCUGUUAAUGAUCAACUAUUAUUUAAGUUUUUGUGGCAGCUGGACAUUCCCCCGAAAGUUCAACAUUUUCUUUGGCGUGUUCUUGUGGGAUGCCUCCCUACUAAGGUUCAACUUGGCACUAAAAAUGUAAAUGUUGAUUUGUACUGUCCUUUUUGUAACUCGGCGUUGGAAACUAUUACUCAUGUGCUGAUCGAGUGUCGGUUUGCACAAUCCUGCUGGUGUGUUUCCAGCGUUCCUGCUGGUGUUGUUAAUGCUGAUUUCAACACAUGGUUUUUUGAUCUUUCAAGAACAGCAUCUACAGCUGUGGUGAAGGAGGCAGCGGUUAUUAGUUGGAGACUUUGGUCUGCCCGUAAUGAACUGCUGUGGAAUAAAAAAGUUUGUUCUACUAUGGAUGUAGUCCGAUCUGCUAGAGUGUUGCUUGACCAAUAUAUUUCUGCUCAAUCUCAGAAAACGGGUGCAUUAUUAAUUGAUAAUAUUAAUAAUGUCGAUGAGCAGUGGAGGAAACCAAUAGUUCAUAUGGUCAAGAUAAAUGUUGAUGGGGCUAUUUUUCAGAAUCAAAACAAAUUUGGCUUUGGGUGUGUGGCCCGUGACACAAAUGGUCUCCUUCUUGAAGCUAUUUCUGAAUCGAGGCUUGGGGUGGUUAAACCUGUUAUAGCUGAGACGAUAGGAAUAAAGGAGGCCUUGAGUUGGAUAGAGAGGAAACAAUGGUCCAAUGUAGUGAUUGAAACUGAUGCACUGGUUGUGGUUCAAGCUAUUAAUAGCUCUUUUUCAAUGCCUUCUCAGUUUGGAUUACUUGUUGGAGACUGUAGGACUUUAAUGUCGUCUUUAAAUAAUGUGUCUUUAAAAUUUGUUAAGCGAUUUGCAAAUAGGGCUGCUCAUUGUCUUGCUAGAGAGUCUUGUUUUUCGUCAGAUUGUAUUUUUAAUCAGCAUAAUGUUUCUGCUGAUUUCAAGUUUAUUGUAAUGUGGCUGAAAGUGUUUGAAUAA